AUGACGCCACUUGUUGGAAUUUCACUACCGAGUUUACUGUGUAAAGGUCACAUGCUCGUGAGCAAUAACAACAACGAGGCGGCCCUCGCAAAGGCCAAUCGUCCACCUGAUGCAAAAAUACAUUCUCACCGGUAUCAUCGAGCGCAGAUGACACCGGUUGAUGAUCAUGAUGUUGAUGAAAAAAUAAAGGCAAAACAAUAUGGACUCGUAGUAGGUUCCAAGCAUCCAUUAGUGCAUGAAUUAGCGGCAAUGCUACGGCCAAAACGAUCCGCCAUCUCGUCGAUUGUAGACGAUAUUGUUUCAGCAUAUGAAUACGAUGACCUGCCAAUACUUGAGAGCAAUCGGACGUCGUGUUGCACACCUCGGGAUCCAGCCAUGAUCACUGCGUCGACGGUCGACGAGCCAGUGGAUCGACUAAGUGAUAGUGUACCAGAAGGAGAGCUACAUGUUUGGGUGUACAAAGCUCGUCAGCUAUCAGCUUCAUGGCCAAUGACGAAUGCAAUGUACAAAGAACACGGUCUUCACGCUCGAUGUGCACUAUUAGGAGCGGUGCAGGAAUCACCGUGCAAUAUUUUAGGGGACAAGAAGAAUCCGGUAUGGCGUCAAGCUGAAAACAGGACACGUGAUGGCUUAGGAGGAUACUUUGCAUGGGCAUUAGGUCAGCCAGAAGAAACAGCAGAUGAUCGACUGAGUAGAGGAGUAGAGGCCAGUGAAUGCAACCUAGAGAUUGAUGUCAUGUGUGGUGAACAGAUCGUCGGUUCGGCGACAGUGGCACUGGAAGACUUGCUCCUAUCGUCCAAGGAUCGUGCAUUGGACGAAGAUGCAUUGAAUGGUAGUGGCUUGAAGGUUAUUCGUCUUCGUCCGCACUGGCUACCACUCGCAGGUCACAAAGCAGGUUUACUACAGAUUUCACUCGAGUUCGUCCCUGUCCCAAAGGAAAUGCUGCGUAGUUCUUUUGCAAGUAUCAGUCUUGCAAACUCAAGUCUGAAGGUGCUAGAUCAACAUGGUGUGGACCAUCAGUCCAAUGCUGGAACUCCUACAGCGCAGCAAACGGACCAAAUUCCUCGCAAUGUUGUUGAAACCCGUCCAGUUAUUCCUUGGCUUGACCAACGUCACGAUGCUUGUCAACUGGAUUCGAAAGAUGAAGACGGCUCAAGUAGUAAAGUGAUUGUAUCACGAAGUGGUGGCGUCACGAUGUACAUUCCGACCCAAGUCGCAAAAACUCCAUCAAAAGCUAGUACUGUUGGGAGCCCGCCAUUAGCGCCAAAGGUACCCACUCCGUCGCUUGGUUUAUCUCCUAGGCACUGA